GCUUGACCCCACGCUCCUCUACUGCUCUCAGAAUUUCCUAAUAACUUCCGCCUCUCUCACGAUUCAAAACCCUAACCAUACGAAAAUCCACUAAAAAUCUUUUCCUUUUUUUUACCCUCUUUCGAAAACAAAUAAAGAUAAUAAUAAUAAUAAUAAUGGCUUCGAUGGAUCUCUAAUCGCCGUUCGAUCGUCGGAGGCAACAAGAGAGGGGAGCUGGGGGAGUCCGAUGUCGCUGAGGAUAAAGGCGGUGGUGGAUAAGUUCGUGAACGAGCUGAAGGAAGCGCUGGAAGCGGACAUACAAGAUCGGUUGAUGAAAGAGAGGGAGAUGCAGAGCUACAUCGAGGAGAGAGAACGCGAGGUCGCCGAGCGAGAGGCCGCUUGGAAAGCCGAGCUCUCUAGACGCGAGGCAGAGAUUGCGCGGCAAGAGGCGAGGCUGAAGAUGGAGAAAGAGAACCUAGAGAAAGAGAAGAGCGUGCUCAUGGGCACCGCAUCCAACCAAGAUAACCAGGAUGGAGCUCUUGAAAUCACCGUCAGUGGUGAGAAAUACCGUUGCCUUAGAUUUUCCAAGGCAAAAAAAUGAAUUUACCAAUGAAUGGUGUGGGUCCAAUUUGUAGAAUUCCAAAGGCUGAAAAAAUGUACUAAUUUGAACCUUUGGUUAGUCGAUAUCUUUCAAUCAAAUUGCACUGGAUGUACAGAGGAGAUGAGAAGUGUUUUUUUUAUUAAACGAUCAGAUGAAAGCAGUUGUUAAUUUCUUCUGUAGAA